AUGGCACCCAGCAGGAUACGCAAGGCGCUUGGAGCGGUGAAGGACCAGACGAGCAUCGGGCUAGCCAAGGUGGGCAGCAGCAACGCCAUCUCCGACCUGGAUGUGGCCAUCGUGAAGGCCACCCGGCACGAUGAGCAGCCGGCGGAGGAGAAGUACAUCCGGGAGAUCCUCAGCCUGACGUGCUACUCGCGGAUGUACAUCAGUUCCUGUGUCAGCUCCAUCUCUAAGCGCCUCACCAAGACCCGCAGCUGGGCGGUGGCGCUCAAAUCUCUCGUCCUCCUCCACCGCCUGCUCAUCGAGGGCGACCCCGCCUACGAGCAGGAGAUCUUCUUCGCCACCCGCAGGGGCACGCGGCUCCUGAAUUUGUCCGACUUCAGGGACACCUCCAGGACCGACUCGUGGGACUUCUCCGCCUUUGUGCGCACCUUCGCGCUCUACUUGGACGAGCACCUCGAGUUCCGCAUGCUGGGCCGCCGCGUCCGCCGCACUCGCAGCAUUGGCGGCGAUGACGAUGACGUCGAGGCCACGCCGUCGUCCGUGCGGUCCACUCCGGUCAGGGAGAUGAAGACGGACCGCAUAUUCAACCGGACCCAGCACCUGCAGCUGCUGCUCGAGAGAUUUAUCGCAUGCCGACCCACUGGUGAGCGAGCUCCCCGGGCAGCUUCAAGGAAGAACCAAAUUAAACCUGCUUCUGGCGUAUGACUUGCAGAGAGGCUACUUUCCGUGAUCUCCGAUUAUCUGACACUAUGUCUAUUCGUAGUCAUCUAUGAUCCCAUCGUCUCCUUUGAUCCGUGAGACUCUUCGCAGGUGCCGCGAAGAACAGCCGGAUAGUAGCGAUCGCGCUCUACCCCAUGGUGAAGGAGAGCUACCAGAUUUACUUCGACCUCAUAGAGAUCAUGGGCAUCUUGAUCGACCGGUUCAUGGAGCUCGAGGUCACCGACUGCGUCAAAGUCCAUGAAAUCUUCAGCCGCAUCUCAAAGCAGUUCGAGGAGCUCGACAAGUGUUACAAGUGGUGCAAGACGGUGGGGAUCGCUAGGUCCUCCGAGUACCCGGAUGUUGAGAAGAUUACCCCCAAGAAACUGGAGGUAAUGGAGGAGUUCAUACGGGACAAAUCGGCCUUGGCAAGCAGGAAGCUGAAGCAAGUUGACGAUGCAGCGGUAGAAACCAAGCCGGCGGAGGAAACCGACUACGACAUAAAUUCUAUCAAAGCGUUGCCGGCACCGGAGAGCGCCGGCGAGGUCGUCGUAGAACUGGUGGAGGUCGUCGUCGGUGGAGAGGAAGUGACUAAACCAGAGAAACCAGAGGAAGAGCCAGCCGACUUUUUGAAUCUUGGGGCGGAGGCGGUCAAACCAGAGGAGCACGGGGAUCAGCUGGCGCUCGCGUUGUUCGAUGGCGGCGCCACCGACGCCGCCGCCCCGCCGAAAUGGGAAGCUUUCACGUCCGAGGAGACGGCAGACUGGGAAACCGCCCUGGUGCAAUCGGCGAGCAGCCUCUCCACUCAAAAGGCGGCCCUCGGCGGGGGCUUCGAUCAGCUUUUGCUUGACGCCAUGUACCAGCACCAGCCACCAGCAGGGAAUGCGCUAGGAUUUACCGGCAGCGCGAGCAGCAUGGCGGUUCCCCAGGGGCAGCCUCUGCUGGCACUCCCAGCUCCGCUGGCUCCGACCGGGGCGCCGGCCGGCGGUGACCCCUUCGCGGCCUCUCUGGUGGUGGAGCCGCCGGCCUACGUGCGCAUCUCCGACAUGGAGAAGAAACAGCAUCUUCUUGUGGAGGAGCAGAUCAUGUGGCAGCAGUACGCCAAGGAAGGGAUGCGAGGGCAGCUUGAAUUGGCGAGGUUACAGCAGAAUCCCUACCCCAUGGGCGGCCACCAGCAAAGGUUUUGA